AUUUUUUUAGAGAGAGAAAGUACUAUUUUUUAGAGAGAGAAACAUUUUCUCGCUUUUUAGAGAGAGAGGGGGGCACUCUCCGCCUUAUUUAAUGGACCUCCAUCACCUGCGGCUAGAGCCGCCAUUCCUUCCUGAAACCGAUUACCAAUGGCUUCAAAAAUGAAGUCUCUUGCUGCACUGCCCAUUACUCUCUCUCUAACUCUUCUUUCUCUCUCUACAAUAUUUCAAUCCUCUGCAUUGGCUGAUAAAAUUACUAGCUUACCUGGGCAACCCACCAUUAAUUUUCAGCAGUUCGCAGGCUACAUAACGGUGGAUGAAGCUAAGCCCAGAGCUCUGUUUUACUACUUUGCAGAAGCUGAAACUGAUCCAGUUUUGAAGCCUCUGGUCAUUUGGUUAAAUGGAGGGCCUGGUUGUUCGUCUCUUGGAGUGGGUGCCUUCUCUGAGAAUGGGCCAUUUAGACCCAGUGGAAAUGUUCUUGUUAAAAAUCAUUAUAGCUGGAAUAGAGAAGCGAACAUGUUAUAUAUCGAGACACCAGCUGGAGUUGGGUUCUCAUACUCUACUGAUAUUUCAUUCUAUGAGGGUGUUGAUGAUGAGAAAACAGCAAGAGAUAAUCUGGUGUUUCUCAAACGCUGGUUCAUCAAGUUCCCUGAGUAUAGAACGAGGGAUUUGUUCAUAACAGGAGAAAGCUAUGCAGGGCAUUAUAUUCCACAGUUAGCAGAGCUUAUGAUCGAGGCCAACAAGGGUGAAAAAUUGUUCAAUCUGAAGGGCAUUGCUCUUGGGAACCCACUUUUGGAUUUCUCAACCGAUUUCAAUUCGAGAGCCGAGUUCUUCUGGUCUCAUGGUUUGAUAUCAGACCCUGCAUACAGAAUCUUCACUUCCUCAUGUAACUAUUCACGCUAUGUGAGUGAGUAUUACAGAGAGAAUGUGUCUCCUAUUUGUUCGCGGGUCAUGAGUCUUGUGAGCCGAGAAACAAGCAAAUUUGUCGACAAAUAUGAUGUUACUCUUGAUGUUUGCAUAUCCUCUAUCUUGAUGCAGUCCAAGGCCUUGAGGCCCAUGCAAGUUUCGGAGCCUAUAGAUGUUUGUGUGGAAGAUGAGACUGUGAACUAUCUCAAUAGGAAGGAUGUUCAGAGGGCUCUCCAUGCUCGUCUUUCUGGAGAUGAAACCUGGUCGGUUUGCAGCAGUAUGAAUUAUAACAGGCUGAAUCUCGAGAUCCCCACUAUCUCGCUCUUGGGUUUGGUCGUCAAGUCUGGGAUCCCUGUCUUGGUUUACAGUGGAGACCAAGAUUCAGUAAUACCACUGACGGGAAGCCGAACUCUGGUUCAUGGAUUGGCUGCUAAACUGCACCUAAACACCACUGUUCCUUACAGAGUCUGGUUUGAAGGUGAACAGGUAGGUGGCUGGACCCAAGUGUAUGGAAAUAUUCUAUCAUUUGCCACUAUUAGAGGAGCUUCACAUGAAGCCCCAUUCUCACAGCCACAGAGAUCACUUGGCCUCUUCAGAGCUUUCCUUCAAGGCAGGCCACUACCAGAGACAUUUUCAUAGAAAAAAAAAUACGCAAGAAAAUACCUUUUUCCGUUUUUUUAUUUUUCUUUUUUUCUGAUUUUGCUGAUCAGAUGUCAAGAGAGUGGUGUGUGUAUAGUUAUGCGUUGAGAAUAAUAUGAAAAGGUCAUCUGCCUGAAAAA